UCUUUCAUCAUAAUUAGCUUCAAAACGAAAAGAGGCCAAUACGCCACCAAGUUCAAUCCAGAGAGAUCAGAGGCAAACCCUGACCGAUGCAAAUGGAAGUGGAGAAAGUCUUCCACAUGAAUGAAGGAAUUGGGGUCUUUAGUUAUGCUAAAAACUCCUCCCUCCAGAAGAAGACCUCCGAUGUGGUGAAGCACAUAACCACAGCAACAGUGCAGCAACUUUUUCAAACCACCAUUCCAAAUAGCAUAGGCAUAGCUGAUUUGGGUUGCGGUUCUGGACCCAACUCCUUAAGCAUCAUCAAAGACAUUGUUGAAACUGUUCAAGGGUCGAGCCGCAACAACUUGAAUCCAGCACCACCGGAGUUUCGAGUCUACCUUAACGAUCUUCCGACAAAUGACUUCAACUCAAUUUUCAAGGCCUUGCCGGAAUUCUAUAGGCAGUUUAGAAAAGAGAGAACUGGCUGUGGGAGUCCUAUUUUCAUAGGAGCCUAUGCUGGCUCAUUUUAUGGAAGACUUUUCCCCAACAAUUGCUUACAUUUUGUCCAUUCAUCCUACAGUUUGCACUGGCUCUCCAGGGUUCCCCCAGGUCUUUACGAUGAACAGGGCAAGUCAAUAAACCAAGGCAAUAUUUACAUAUCCGAAUCCAGCCCUCCACAGGUGUCUCAGGCAUAUUACAAGCAGUUUCAAGAGGAUUUCAAUGUUUUCCUUUGCUCACGGUCUGAGGAAGUUGUUGUUGGAGGACGAUUGGUGCUUAUACUGCUGGGUAGGGGAGGGCAAGAUCAUGUUGACAGAGGCAACUCUUUCUUCUGGGAACUUCUCUCCCGAUCCUUGGCCGAGUUGGUCUCAAAGGGAGAAGUUGAGAAGGAGAAGCUUGAUUACCAUUUACAUUUCUAUGCACCAUCAAAUGAUGAAAUAGAAGAUGAAGUGAGAAAGGAAGGUUCUUUUGUGGUUGACCGAUUUGAGAUGUUUGAAAUCGAGAGAUAUGGCAAUGAUGCUCACAGCUAUGAAACUGCAAUAAUGGAGAAUGGAAUAGAAGAUGAAAUGGUGAAGAAGGAAGGUUCUUUGGGUGUCGACCGAGUUGAGAUGCCUGAAACAGAGAUCAGGGACGACAAGGAUUGUCUGAGCUAUGGAAGGGAUGUGGCCAUGACAGUAAGAGCCAGUACCCAAGAAUCAAUGAUUUUCCACCAUUUCGGAGAAAGGAUUUUGGACGAUUUGUUCGAGAUUUACGGAAGAAUAGUGGAUGAAGAAGUGGCCGAAGAAGAAAUCAGGCCCAUCACUUUUGCUUUUGUUUUAAGAAAAUUAUGAUAAGCCCUAUAAAAAAAAAAAAAAAAAUUAUGAUAAGUAAUGCGAGCAAAUGUGCAA